AUGUCUCAGUUACUCAAGAAACCGGUCAAAAUCGCCCUGAUACAACUGGCUAGUGGGGCGGACAAAUCUCAUAAUCUAGUGCACGCCCGCGAAAAGGUCCGUGAAGCCGCAUCGGCCGGUGCAAAAAUCAUUGUACUCCCCGAAUGUUUCAACUCUCCCUAUGGUACUCAAUACUUCCCCAAAUAUGCGGAAACUCUCCUACCCUCUCCCCCCACCUCUGAGCAAUCGCCCUCAUUUCACGCCCUCAGCGCCAUGGCCGCGGAGACGGAGACUUACCUGGUAGGCGGUAGCAUUCCAGAAUACUCACCCGCUACCAAAAAUCAUUACAAUACUUCGUUGACAUUUUCUCCAUCUGGUGAAUUAUUGGCUACCCAUCGAAAAGUUCAUCUGUUUGACAUCGAUAUACCCGGAAAGAUUACAUUCAGGGAAUCGGAGGUCCUUUCCCCAGGCAAUCAUAUUACUAUGAUUGAUCUGCCAGAAUACGGUAAGAUAGCAGUGGCGAUUUGCUAUGACGUCCGAUUUCCAGAGUUAGCUAUGAUUGCGGCCCGAAAGGGAUGUUUUGCCUUGAUUUAUCCUGGCGCGUUCAAUACUACAACAGGUCCUCUUCAUUGGAGAUUACAAGGACAAGCAAGAGCUAUGGACAAUCAGAUUUAUGUAGCCUUGUGCAGCCCCUCGAGAGAUGAAACUGCUAGUUAUCAUGCCUGGGGACAUAGCUUGGUCGUCGAUCCAAUGGCACAAGUGCUUGUUGAGGCUGCCGAGCAAGAAGAAAUUGUUUAUGCUGAGCUGAACGGAGAGAAGAUUGAAGAGACGAGAAAAGGAAUACCGAUUCAGACCCAGAGAAGGUUUGAUAUAUAUAAAGAUGUCAGUGAAGACUUUAAGAACGGGGAUGAAGAGUGA